AUGGUAUAUAAUGGCUUUGGAUUAGAACAGUUAGCACCACCAUCCCACCAUGGCAAGAAAUUUUCAGAAAUGACUCCUGAUGAACAAGGGGAAAGAGGUGCUGCCAUGAUGGUAAAUUUCAUGACCUCAUGUCCUGGGAAGUCAGUUAUUAGUGGUGUCACUGGGUUUGCACUUGGUGGUGUAUUGGGGCUGUUUAUGGCAUCGAUGGCAUAUGAUACACCAUUACAUACACCUGCCGCUGGGUUGGGAAUGCAACCUGGAAAUAUUCAACAAAUGGCAGAUUUACCAUUCAAGCAACAGGUGAAAUUACAGUUUGCAGAUAUGGGGAAAAGGUCAUAUUCAAGUGCCAAAAAUUUUGGGUACAUUGGUAUGAUUUAUGCUGGUGUUGAGUGCACUGUAGAAUCACUGAGGGCGAAAAAUGACAUUUAUAACGGUGUUACUGCUGGAUGUAUAACUGGUGGUGGAUUAGCUUACAAAAGUGGACCACAAUCAGCUAUGAUUGGCUGUGCCGGUUUUGCUGCGUUUUCUGCUGCUAUUGAUUUAUAUAUGAAAAGUGAAGAUGGGAGACCGCCCGUGAAUGAUUUUAAACAAUAA